AUCCGAAAAAAUUGGGAAUAGAUCCACGAUGGUGGAGCUUGAGUUGUAUAUCAUAAACCGCCUUCAGGGGCAAGGGAAGAUGCGGUAAUUGAAAAAUCAAUUAAAAAAACGAAAAAACAAGGGAAAGUUAGGGAACAAUUUUAGAAUGGUGCAGCUGGGUCGUAUUUGUUGGCAUUUUGAUGGUCUCCCUCGUUCACCUAGCAUGUUUGGCUCGACGCGCGACUGAUGUUUGCAGGUUACCUGCAUCUCGAGGGCCUCCGUACAGCUCUGUUCAGCUAUUCAUUCGCUUGGAGUAAACCUAGGAAGUUUGAUUCUACGCAUAGAAGACACAGAUCAAACAGGACUCGUACCAGAUGCUACCGAUGGACUCCACGGGAAUCUAUUUUGGGCUGGAAUCCUCCCGGACAAAGACCUGAUAAGCUACGAUUGAGUUUUAUCAUAUUUUCUCACCUCUCUCUCAUUUUUAUUUUUCAGGAGAGCAUUGGACAGUCUCUGAAGCAACGGUGGCACCGCACCCGCAUAGGAAAUACAAGACUAUCCUCGAUGCAUUUACACCACUGGACUGUACAAUAUCCUGUACUUUGGUGAUUUACACAUCGAAUCAUCAUGUGGAUAAUUAUGCAGCAAGGAAUUACGAUGUAUACGUCUCGAAUCUUAGAGAACAAGAAAUUAAUAAUUUAAUGUUAAUUGAAAUGAAACUAUCGUCCAUAGUCUUGUAACGCAUUAGUCAUAAGUAUACAAAAAUGAAUUUAUAUUGUCCAUUGCAAAGUCUCAAUAUGUAUUCUUGACGAUUAAUUUAUUAAUAAAAACUCAUUGUAACCAA